AUGAAGCUGCUUCUCCUCCUCGCCAGCACUGCCCUGGCAGCAUGGCACAAACCUCUUCCCGGCCACUUCUCGCUCCUCGCUCGCGACUUCAAUGGCAACUGCACCGCUAAAAACACCUGCUCGGACUGCUACGGCCCAGGAAACAUCAUUUGCGACAACGCAGGCUGCUUCAAUCCAAACAAGGGGGAGCAAUGCUGCAAAGACGGCUUUUCCUGCGUCGCAAAAGAUAACUCCUGCUGUGACGCCUUGGUACGCCUCCCUAUUCCUACGUCCACUACACUUACUAAUGGCCAAAAGGGAACAGGAACACCAGGAACAGACGGCCUGAUCCCCUUCCCCACCACCACCUCGGCAGCCGGCUCGACAGCCGGCACCCUCGACACGAUAACCUGCACACCCCAGCAAACCAACGAGGAAUGCUGCUCGCAGAACGGCCGAUAUCCGUCCCUGAAGUGGUGCUCUGGGAGUUACCCCCACCAAUUUUGCUACAACCCCAAGCACCAGACCUGCUGUUCCGAGGGGACGGUGUGUUUCGGCGAGGGGUGCUGUGAUCUGGUGAGCGCGAGCGCUAUUACGCCAGACCCUGCGCUUGCGACUGCCUUGCCGAGUGGGAAUAAGGGGUCCGUGCCUGUGUCUACGUCGGCGGUGGGCACAACCUCGAAGUUGGGCGCAGGGUCUGCUAUUGCAACUGCCACUGCAACUGGCAAUUUGAGUCCGAGUCAGAGCAAGAAUGCGGCUCUUGCGACGGGGAUUAAUGGCAUCUUGAUGGGUGCAGGAGUGAUCAUGGCUGGACUGGGGUUGUAG